AUGGCUCAAAAGACAACAAUCAUUGUGGGUGGUGGUCUCGCUGGUCUAUCAGCAGCUAUUGAAGCAGCAACAACCAAUGCUGCUAUGCAUGUCAUUCUUGUGGAUAAGGAAAACAAUAUUGGAGGCAACUCGGCAAAAGCAACUUCUGGCAUCAAUGGGAUGACUGAAACGGGUGAUUCUUGGGAAGCAUUUGAACGUGAUACGCUUGAAUCGGGUGGUGGUCUUUCGAACGAAUCGAUGGUUCAUAAGCUUGUGCAUGAGAGUGUCGACGCUUUACAAUGGCUCAAGCAACAAGAUACAACAUUGGAUUUAUCAUUGGUUUCUCAGUGUGGAGGACACACAUAUCCACGUACGCAUCGAUGUCCACCCAAGCCAAAUGGUAGCCCUGUACCAGUGGGAUGGCGGCUAAUACAAGCACUCAAGCAACGAUUUGAGCAACUUGACAAUGCCAGUGUACGUACACAAAGCCGUGUAUCACGCUUGGAAACCGAUCCUAACACUGGUGCGAUUACUGGUGUGGAGUUAAACCACAAUGAGAUGCUCCCAGCAAAUGCAGUGAUAUUAACAUGUGGAGGAUUUGGUGGUCAAACACAACCUUUGGAUCAACCUGAUGGCACUCAAACACUACUCAGCCAAUAUGCACCCAACUUGCUCAACAUUGCAACCACAAAUGGUCCUUGGGCUAAUGGUGAUGGUAUUCGUCUUGGUGUGGCCGUGGGUGCAGCUACCAAGGACAUGGAUCAAAUCCAAAUCCAUCCUACUGGUUUUGUUGACCCCAAUAACCCCAAAGCUGGUACCAAAUUCCUUGCACCUGAAGCGUUACGUGCCUAUGGCGGUGUGUUGCUCAAUACGGAUGGACAUCGUUUUACCAAUGAGUUGGGUCGUCGUGACGCUGUGACACAAUCGAUUCUAGAUCAAUCGAGCAAUGUCGUAUGGCUCGUGCUUACUGAUACCAUGAUUGAACAAUUUGGCCCUUCAACAGCCGAGUUUUAUGCCAAGCGAGGAUUCUUUGUGAAAUGUUCAAGCAUUGAUCAUCUUGCAGAACACUUGGGUGUGAGUGCUACCAUCUUGAAUGACGAAUUUGCACGCUAUGAUUUGCAUGUGGAUGGAAAAAAGACCACCGAUACAACCGUGUCUUCGGUGCCUGAUGCCUUUGGAAAAACGAUCUUUCCCAAUCCACUCGCACAAGGACCCGAAGUCAAUUAUUGGGUGGCCCAAAUCACGCCUUGUGUUCAUUACACUAUGGGUGGGCUCGCUAUUAAUACGGAUGCUGCUGUGCUUUCUGAACAUACCAAGCAGCCUAUACCAGGUCUUUACGCUGCUGGUGAAGUAACAAGUGGUGUACAUGGCAAAAAUCGACUUGCUGGUAACUCGCUUUUGGAAUGCGUGGUUUAUGGUAGAACAGCUGGACAAAACGCUGCAAAGUAUUGUAAUGAAAAGCAAUAA